AUGGAUGCAGAAGUUAUCUCUGCGAGCAUAUUCAGUGAAGUGGUGGAGGCAAAUGCAAUAUCCUUAUACGAGGUUAGAGACCACAUUGGUACUGCUCAUCUGCUUCACGAGAUUCUCCGUGUUAAGAACAUCCCUUUUGAAGUUGAUGUCUUGGACUACGAAACCGCUGCUUCGCUUAGAAAGUUCUAG